AUGGCAUUGACAUUAUUUGGCUCUUUUGGUCCUCGAGUUGGAUCUUUGACAACACGUGAUCCUUAUUAUUGGGGGGACACAUCGUAUGACGAUGCCCUCUCUCGUUUGCGUCGUGAUGUUGACAGGAUUCUAAACGAUUUUCGAACUGACACUUUUAACACUGGAAGAUGGUCAGACAAUUGGUGGAGUCCUACAACUUAUCGAUCGGAACUUACUUUUCAACCUCGCGUUGAUGCUCGUGAUGUUGGAGACGCUUUUGUCGUGCAUGCCGACCUUCCUGGAGUUCCGAAAGAGAAAAUAAACCUCGAUAUUCGUGGUGACAAUCUUAUAAUUAGUGGUGAAUCUUCAUCCGACGAUUCUCAUGAUACUGCUACAGGAUACGUUCGUGAACGUUCCUUUGGUCGCUUCUCGCGAUCUAUCGCUUUGCCAUUUAAUGUUAACACGGACAAAGCUGAAGCUAGAUAUGACCGGGGUGUUCUAGAAAUUACGCUUCCAUACGAAGAAAAUGUUAGCCGUCGUCGCAUCAACAUAACUUAA